GAGUGACUCCGCGCCACGCCGCCACCUGCCCCUUUGCCAGCCGCUCCCCCCGCCAGGCUCCUCCCCGCCCGCGGCCGCAGCUCCGUGACUUUCCCGGCUUGGGGCAGGACACUGGGCGCAGUCCCGGCUCCAGGGGAGCAGCAGCGGGGCGAACUCCACAGCUUGCGCGGCCCGGCUGGGACAGGAGCGCGGCGGAUCCCGCCCCAUCGCGGCUCAGAGCACCGGGGGAGGCGAGAAUAGAAAAACCCCUUCUGCGAAGUGUUACUCAAUCACUGAGGUGGGGCAGAACUGCAUUCUACCAUUAUGCUGUGAACAUCUGAGUAAGAAUGGAUGAGACAUAAAACAGAGGUAAUGACAACUUGUGUUCUCUGGAUUCAUUGCCUUUCCUGUUAUCUCAAGUUUUUCAAACACUUGAGCUGUCUCAGCACUGUUGACAAAGCUAAGAUGGCUGUAAACUCAGGGCCACCACCAUACUAUGAAAAUCAUGGUUAUCAGCCAGAAAACUUGUAUAUUUCCAGACAGCCUGUGGAUGCUAAUGUGUAUCCACAAUAUCCUCCUCCAUAUUAUCCUCCGUCAGUGCCACAUUAUGUCCCAAGAGUUCCUGUUCAUCAGUCAGCUCCCCCAGUAGUACAGCCAAAGCCUCCAUCAGCGAAAAUGUGCACAAAAGUUAAGAAAACUGUAUGCAUCAUUUUAUCUGUUGCAAUAAUACUAUCGGGUGCCGUAAUUGCAGCUAUUCUUAUCUGGUAUUUUGUGGCCAAUAGCUGUCUUGGCUCAUCAAUAGAGUGUGGAUCUUCAGGAAUAUGUGUUUCACCAUCUCAGUGGUGCGACGGAGUGGCCCACUGUUCCAAUGGUGAAGAUGAAAACCAAUGUGUUAGACUCUAUGGACCAAAUUUUAUCCUAGAGGUCUAUUCAUCUAUCAGCAAAUCCUGGUAUCCAGUAUGCAAAGAUGACUGGAAUGAUAACUAUGGAAAGAUAGCUUGUAAAGACAUGGGAUAUAAUGUAAAUACUUAUUACUCUAGUCAAGGAAUAACACCUGAAAGAAGUUUUACAAGCUUUAUGAGGUUGAAUACAAGUGCUGGGAACAUAGACCUAUACAAAAAACUGUAUAACAGUGACUCCUGUGUGUCUGGAACAGUGGUUUCUCUGCGUUGCAUAAUGUGUGGCUUAUCCCGUAAAAAUGCGACUCCUGCAGGCAGAAUUGUGGGUGGCAGUGCUGCACUGGUGAAGGAAUGGCCAUGGCAGGUCAGCCUUCAAGUCCAAGGCUCCCAUGUAUGUGGAGGCUCCAUUAUUACCCGUGAAUGGAUAGUGACAGCUGCUCACUGUGUAGAAGGACAGCUUUCUUCUCCAUCCUACUGGAGUGUGUAUGCUGGGAUUCUGAAGCAAACAGAAACGCGCUACAGAAGUGGAUCCAGAGUGCAGAAAAUAAUUUCCCACCCAAAUUAUGAUUCAGAUUCUAAAGACAAUGACGUUGCCCUGAUGAAGUUACAGACACCGCUGAGUUUUACUGACACUGUAGCACCUGUUUGUUUGCCUAACCCUGGAAUGAUGUUCCAACCUGAUCAACGGUGCUGGAUAUCUGGAUGGGGAGCAGAAUACCACGGGGGUAAAACUUCAGAUGUCUUGAAUGCUGUAAUGGUGCGUUUAAUAGAACGUUAUAUAUGUAAUGAUGCUAGAGUCUAUAAUGGCUUAGUUUUGCCUACCAUGAUAUGUGCUGGAUAUCUGGAAGGAGGAAAAGAUUCCUGCCAGGGUGACAGUGGAGGUCCAUUAGUAACUGAGAAAAACUCAGUGUGGUGGCUAGUUGGUGACACAAGCUGGGGAACUGGCUGUGCCAGUCACAGAAGACCUGGAGUUUACGGAAAUAUGACUGUGUUCACCGACUGGAUUUACAGAAAUAUGCAGGUAAAAUAUAUGUUCAUGCUCUUUCUUGAUGAUCAUCUUUCAAGAACAAUGUUAAAUGGAGCUAUGGCUUUCUUGGCUACCUUACUAUGUACUUUUAAAAAGAAUUUCUAGAUCCUUACAAUUUUUUUACUACUUGCAAAUAACCUGAAGUUUUGCACACUCAGUUCUGUGCUGGCUGCAGUGACUGAUCUAUUUAAUGAAGUAGAAGACUCUCUCAAGCACCUUUCUGAUUAUGGUGCCUGGUGGCACAAAGUUGCUGUCAACUGGUAACUGACAUGUUCCUUUAGUUUUGUAGCUUCCAAGUUUAUAGGGUUUUUCUAUAAUCACAUUUGUAAUUGAAAUAAUCACUGUUUCAAUUACAAGCAGGGUGGUUUGACACUUGCGUUACUGGCAUAAUUUAAAUGUAAAUAGUGGUGUAAAUAUGAAUCUCUGGAGUCCUAGCUGAUGACUUAAAGAGAAAAACACAUGAUGAAUGUCAGUCAGGGCAUUAUAGGUAAAGGGAAGCUGUUUUGUACAUUGGAGAGUAGAGGCAGGGAGAGAUGUCUUGGCAUAUAUUCAGGUGGUUGAAAAUCCUCAGGACCUUUUAUAGGUGUGGUAACAGCCAGGGUGAUCUCUUUGGAUUUACCCCAACAUAAAUAGGAUCAGCAUUUAGCUCAGUAAUUGAAAAUGUGCCAUUGUUCUUCACGGUUACCCUUCCUGGGUCCCACAUCUAGCAUGCAGGAGAAAUACAGUAACUACUGUUCUAAAGCUAGACAGCACAGGUAGGCUGCUGAGAACAGCUCUUCUGGCUUGUAGCAGGACACUGUGUACCAGUAGCAUGCUCAAUUUUAUGAGCUGGGAGCUGCUAACUGAUUCUGAGAACUCUCCCCUCUGAAAUGCGAAGAACAAAGCUUUGCUGUGUAGCUGCCUUCCAUGUAGUCAUUCUCUGUGAUCAAAGUGUAGGUACGGAAGGCUGGGAAAGUGUGGAAAUCAGAGUUGCAAAAAAAA